AUGCGCCUUGUCCAGAACAUGUGCACCAUCGCCGAGUACCCCCAGGCCGGCAGCGCCAGCGGAGACGGCUGCAGCGGGGGUUCCUCCGGCCGCCCCCGCCUCAUCAAGAUCGCGGUGGUGGGAGCCAGCGGCGUGGGCAAAACCGCCCUGGUGGUGCGAUUCCUCACAAAACGCUUCAUCGGAGACUACGAGAGAAACGCAGGUAACCUUUAUAGCAGACAGAUCCAAAUAGAUGGAGAGAUGCUUGCUAUUCAAGUGCAAGAUACACCAGGCAUUCAGAUCCAUGAACACAAUCUGGACUGUAAUGAACAGUUGAACAGAUGCAUUCGAUGGGCGGAUGCUGUUGUGAUUGUUUUCUCCAUCACAGAUUAUAAGAGCUAUGAACUACUUAGUCACCUUCACCAGCAAGUUCGACAGUUACACCCAGGAAACAGAGUUCCUGUUGUCAUUGUAGCAAACAAAGCUGAUCUCCUACAUAUUAAAGAGGUGGAGCCACAGAAUGGACUUCAACUGGCGAACAUGCUAGGUUGUACUUUUUAUGAAGUGUCUGUCAGUGAGAACUACAAUGAUGUCUUCAAUGCCUUCCAUGUCCUGUGUAAAGAAGUUAGUAAACAACAAAUAACUAGCACCCCUGAGAAGAGAAGAACCUCUCUUAUCCCAAGGCCAAAGUCGCCAAACAUGCAGGAUCUAAAGAGAAGGUUUAAGCAAGCUUUGUCUGCUAAAGUUAGGACUGUCACUUCUGUCUGA